AUGCUGAACACCGAAUUGUGCCAUUAUCGCGUGGCAGCAGUAUCGGCGGCGCGUUUAUCUGCCUCAGAGAUCUGCUGCAUCGAGCUUUGUUUUGCAUCUGGCGAUUAUGCUUUCUACUGCUUUUUUUGCAGCGCGGAACCGUACCAGUUCGCAGUUUCGAUAAUCAUUUGUGAUUUGCCGAGAAGGAAAACAUCAUGGCAGGUCAAAGGUCCGGCGGUGGUUUUGGCGCAAAAAGUCCCAGCCGGGAAACGCGCAGGGGAAUCGUUGGAUAUUGUCACCAAUGUUUGGGGUAUAAUUCCGAACAAAAAUGUCCCAAUCUAUCGCUACGAUUUCCGCGUUCUUGAAGAAUACCCGCCGAAGAAGGGGUCCGUGGAGCCGGCUAUGAAAGAGGUGACAAAACAGACGCGCGAUGACUACCUGGCCGUGGAGAGAAAGAACAAGUGCACGGUGGUGUACCAGGUGCUUCUACGACGUGAAAAAGAAUUUUUUGGCCCAAUGGAUUCUUUGGUGUACGAUCGCGCAGCCAUACUCUACUCUCUUCGUCACCUGCCGGUCCCUGCUGCCGGCGGCGAUACCGAUGUAAGCCGUUGUUCCGUUGCAAUGAAUCAGGCCCCGAGUUCUAUUGGGAGGGCGCGUGCAUCGUUUGUUAUCCAGCCAAAGGAAUUGCCACCCGGUAUUGUCAGCGAGGACUGUGUCAAAGUCCAUGUCAAUGUGAAACCGUGUCAAGAAGACUUCCAGUUAACGAUGAACGAUCUGAAAAGUAGCAUCAGCGACAAUCCUGACGAAGUGAAUCGCAGCUUGCAACAGUUCUUCGAAAUUCUCGCUGCGCAGGAAACAUUCUUCACCGAAGGCCGCUUUGUGAGCUACGGAACCGGACAGUGCUAUCUGAUGGAUCCGGAACAGUUUGGUUUUCAAGCUCGCGACAUGCCGGAACUUCAGGAGGGCAAAUAUGUCGGUGUUGGUGCCUCGAAAGGUGUUCGUAUCAUUGAAGGACCACAUGGACAAGGAGGAAUAAACGCAGCAUUGGUCGUUGACGUGAAGAAAGCGGCGUUUCACGUCGAUAAUCAGAAUUUACUCGAAAAAGUGGAGUGCAUCCUAAGAAAAAGUAGAAAUGAGCUGACACGAGGCUGCGACAACCAAGCCAUGGGCGUGCUGAGCAAGGCACUGAAAGGAUUAUAUGUGCGUUGCUCCUAUGGCAAGGGACGAGCAUUCGCGAUCGCCGGCAUUUCAAAGGAUAACGCCCGAAAUCAUAAGGUGGCGACAAAGGAAGGCGAACUCUCUGUGGAGCAGUAUUUCGUGCGAAAGUAUGAUAUUCGUCUGAAAUUUGCGCAGCUGCCAUUAAUUGUGGAGCGUUGCCAGCCCAGCAAUAACUUCUACCCCAUCGAGUUAUUGUCAGUUUGUGAAAACCAACGUGUGUCGCAAUCGCAGCAGACACCGAAUCAAGUGCAGAACAUGAUUCGCGUAUGA